AUGCUGCCGUACCUGUUCCCUGACCUAGCUGCUUUUGCCACAGUCGCUGACCUCAUUACGCACCUCCGCACUAGUGACACCUGCUACCGCGCUGCACUUCCUGCCGAGUUUUGCGCGGCCAACCCCCCCCUUAUGUACAUCACCCUCUACUACCUCGUCACCCGGCUCCCUGACUCCCUUCGCUCGGUCAGGGACCACUUCCUCUCGCUUUGCCCCACCACGCUCACCGUUGACCUCCUCAAGGAGCACCUCCUUGCCACUAAGAAGAGUAUAGUCGUUGUAGGAGCCUCUCGUGGUGACCCUCGCACCCCUUUCUUUGAGGGGUGCUCCCCCGUUCCCCUUUUGCCCUCUGUUGCCUCUGCUGCUGGUGUCGACCUCGUUGGCACCAAGUCGGUCCGCGCUGCGUCUGCUCCUAGUGGGAGGCGCCUUAGUGACAGGAGCACGGGGGCCAAGGGUGUUGGAGGAGACGGUGGGGGCGGCGAUGGUGGCGGUGGAGGCGGCGGAGGGGGUGGGGGUGGGGGUGGGGGUGGUGGCGGGAGUGGGGGCUUUGGUGGCGGCGGUGGAGGUGGAGGCGGUGGCGGAAGCUGUGGUGGGGGUGGCGGCGGCGGUGGUGCUGGUCGGGAUGGCGCUGUGCAGUGGGGAGGCCUUGGUGGUGGCCAGCGCCAGGAGCAGCAGCGUUCUCAUGAGACCCUGUCCCCCAAGCAGCUUCGUGAGUGGUACGCUGGGCGUGGGAGUUCCGGAGGUGCUGGUCCUUGUGCUUACGUUCUCCGCACUGGCGAGCGCAGUGGGGAGACGUGCGGAGGGCCGCACGCCAUGCAACGUUGUUUUGGCCGCCUGACUAAUGCCUGGCGUGCACAGUUUCCUGACGCCACGGAGCUCCCUCGCUGGGGUGAUCUGCUUAAGUCUGGUGUUGCUAUCUUUGAUCUUGACUAUGAUGCUAUCCUUGCUGCUAUGUAUGCUGUAUCUAUUAGUGCUGAGGGUGACUGUUACCUACGUGUUCCGCCCGACCUGGGCAUUGAGGCUGCUGCUCUAGGUGCUAGUGAGUCUGUUGCUCCAGCGGUCCCAUCUGGCUCUCUGUCUUGCCUCCUCCUCCUGGAGGACAGCGGGUGA